GGCACUUCGUUCACUAACACCAGUCACAUUUAACUUAUAUUUCGUAUAAUAACCAAGCCACAUUUUAACUGAAAAAAAACUCUAAAAUUUCGGUGGACAAAGUGGACGAACAUGUCCAAUCUACAAGAUGUGCCACUCGCCGAUCCCGAAGUUCUGCCGGUUGAUGGCUCCGAUGUGACCCCCGCGCCCAAAUCCAGUUCGCUGAAGCGCUUCUUUAAGAUCAGCAAGAAGCCGCUGAUGCGGGACCAAGUGGAGGAAGUGAGCGAGACCUCCUCCCAGGACCACAAGGAGCUGGGCAGGUCCAACACGAUAAGUCGGUUCUUCACCCGCCUGAAGGGAUCAAGCAAAGAUGGCCAGGAGCAAUCCAGCUCAGUAACCGAUGCCGGGCAGCAUGAGAAGCCGUUGCCAAAUGUGAAGCCCACCAUAAAGACAUCAAUAUCAUCCUACUGGAAGCUUCUAUUCCAUCGCCAAAAAAACCCGCGUCAAAAUGCGGGCUUCGGACUGUCCAAUAAUGUGGAGAACGUGGAAUCGGAAGAGGUCCACGAACUGCAGCCGGUAAACCAUGAAUCUGAAACCGAUUGUCAAUCGAGUCCCAAGAUAGAAGAUUCCGAAAUUGAGGACUACACGUCGGAUCCGGCUCUGGAACCACCAAUUGCGUUGGCCAAAAAAAGUGUGGCCAACAAGGCUUCUGGACAGGAGGCUUUUAGCGCAUUGGAGGGCGGUCAGUUGUCCAUUGCGGAAGCCGAGAUUGAGGACUCCAUUCAGCCAGCUCCCACUUUUGUUAAUCAAUUCAAAUAGGAUAUAUACGAAAGGAUCUAAUAUAACUCUCGUUCUCUAGGCCACUGCUCAUAAAUCUGAAAGUGUUCUGCCCCUACACUACACAGUCCACUCUGUAAACAUUUCAAGGAUUCAAGAUAUUUCCCCUUACAUUCAAAGACCACAAACAUCUCCGCAUUAAUUCCACAAAUUAUAAUUUCCAACUUACAAUAAACACAAGCACACUCGAAAUAUA